AUGGCUCCUAACAACAAGCCCAAGGUUUCGCCCGCCACGCACCUCAUCGCCGGUGGUAUCGCCGGCUUUGCCGAGGCUGUCACCUGCCACCCGCUCGACACGAUCAAGGUGCGCAUGCAGCUUUCUCGCCGCGGUCGUGGUAACGGUGAGAAGCCCCGUGGCUUCUUUGCCACUGGUGUGCACAUCGUCCGCCGCGAGACGCCCUUGGGUCUCUACAAGGGUCUUGGUGCAGUCGUUGCCGGUAUCGUGCCCAAGAUGGCCAUCCGUUUCAUGAGUUUCGAGCAAUACAAGGGCUGGUUCGCCAACAAGGAGACUGGUCACACCUCGCCCCAGGGUAUCUUUGUUGCUGGUCUCAUGGCCGGUACCACCGAGGCCGUCGCUGUGGUGAACCCCAUGGAGGUCGUCAAGAUCCGUCUGCAGGCCCAGCAGCACUCGCUGGCUGACCCCCUUGAGAAGCCCCGCUACCACAACGCUGCGCACGCUCUCUACACGAUCAUCCGCGAGGAGGGCUUCUCGACCCUCUACCGUGGUGUUGCCCUCACUGCCGCCCGCCAGGCCACCAACCAGGCCGCCAACUUCACCGCCUACCAGGAGCUCCGUAACCUCGCCAAGCGUCUUCAGAAUACCGAGGACCUUCCCUCGUACGAGACGGCUACCAUUGGUCUUAUCUCGGGUGCUCUCGGUCCCUUCUCCAACGCCCCGAUCGACACGAUCAAGACGCGUAUCCAGAAGGCGCAGAAGGUGCCCGGCGAGACUGCUCUCGGCCGUGUGAUGAAGGUUGCAAGCGAGAUGUUUGCCCAGGAGGGUGUCUCGGCAUUCUGGAAGGGUAUCACGCCCCGUGUGGCUCGUGUCGCCCCCGGUCAGGCUGUUGUCUUCACGAUUUACGAGAAGGUCAAGGGCUGGCUCGAGCAGACUGGCGACCCCGUCCAGAAGCUCGCCGACACGGUGAAGAAGUAA